CCUUGUUUCCUGUUUUUCAACAAUUUCAUUCCCCGACUGUCCGGUGUGAGCUCGAGUUGGCUUUUUGGCUCUCUGUAGUUUUUUUAUUGUUGAUAGACAGCUUUCAAACUAGCUUUAAAAACCCGGCAUUACGAGGAGCAAUCACAGUAACAUCAUCAGUGCGUUGUUAAAUUUGUAGUAGAAAAUCUAAGUAUAAAAAUGGAUUACGAUUCAGAUUCGGGCUCCGAUAACGGCUACGAGUCUGUGUAUACUCGUGGCACGAUGUGCGGGAAUGCCGGUUUACCAUUUGACCCUGCGUGCAUCGAGAAAGUGAUACUAAGUAUCAGCGAUGCUUUCGACUUCCGCGUGGUCCUGAGCGAUGAGAGAACAAAGUCAGCGCUGUUGGUGACCACGGGGCUUGCGUUGGCGGGUGGUUUGAUUGGCCGCCAUUAUGGAGGGAAAAUCGGAGCGGCAGUCGGCGGCGCGGUCGGAGGUGCCUGCGGACUUGGUAUCGUUGCUGUAUCCAUGAGGAGCAUUUGGCAGGAUAUAAAAGAGAAGCUAUCAGAACUGUUUGACAUAGUGUAUGACUACCUGGCAGGCUUGGGGCUGGAGGACUACAAGCGAGCGGCCAUGUUUCUCACCACAUCUGGUGACAAAACCCAACUUGCUAUGCUCAUUCUGCAGACAGCGUCCGGUAUCCUUGGCAAGAAAAUUUUAUCAAGCAUCACUGCUGCAUAAUAUUGUCUUUUGAAAUAAUUUUUAUGAAGACAGAGUAUUUUAAUAAAAGUUGACAUGAAUUGUAUACUUUGAUAAAUACAUUUAUACGUUUUAAUGACAUUGGAAUUGUGACUUAAUUUGUAAUAUUGAUGAAAAUAGUGUUAUUGUUGUGUUGAUCGUGACAAAAAAUAUACUCAAAAUAUUAAGGUUCAAUGAAGAUGUUAGCUUUAAAAUAUGACUGGUGCAUAAUAAUAUAAAAUCUCUGAUUAAUUUUAAUGAUUAAUUGUUAUUUGAUAGGCAUAAUUUUAUGGGAUAAGAUAAUUUUAUAUGAUGUAUUGUAAAAAUCAAAUGUGUAUUUUUAUAAAAACUAUGUUAAUAUGUAUAUGAAAGACAAUAAAUAAAUAAAUCGUAUCAAUCUACAUUUA